GAUUUACCAUUUUGGAGUUUAAAGUAUGUCAUCAUGGCAAAGUUUCGAAGAAGGACUUGCAUCAUUUUGUCACUUUUUAUUCUAUUUAUUUUCUCCCUGAUGAUGGGUUUAAAAAUGCUGAGACCAAAUAAAGCUACUUUCGGAGAUCCUUUUGGACUUGAACUUCUUCCAGUACUUCAUCAACAAACUCGCUUAGGGAAAAGCUUUGAUUCCCAAAACAAUGACAAAAUCAACAGUGAAACAAAUAACAAGAAUUUAAAAAGUGUUGAAAUCACUAUGAAGCCUUCCAAAGCCUCUGAACCUUACCUGGAAGAGCUGCAACCUCUGAAUUAUUAUUUACAUGUAUUUUAUUACAGUUGGUAUGGAAAUCCACAAUUUGAUGGUAAAUAUAUACAUUGGAACCAUCCAAUCCUGAAGCAUUGGGACCCUAGACUAAUCAAGAAUUAUCCACAAGGGAAACACAGUCCCCCGGAUGACAUUGGCUCCAGCUUUUACCCUGAGUUGGGAAUUUACAGCUCUCGGGAUCCUUCUGUCAUUGAAACUCACAUGAAACAAAUGUACUCAGCUUCAAUUGGUGUACUAGCCCUAUCUUGGUACCCACCUGGUACAAAUGAUGAGAAUGGAGAAAAUACUGAUGACUUGGUACCGACUAUUUUGGAUAAAGCUCAUAAAUAUAAUCUGAAGGUCACUUUUCACAUCGAACCAUAUAGCAAUCGAGAUGAUCAAAACAUGUACAAAAAUGUCAAAUAUAUUAUAGACAAAUACGGAAAUCAUCCGGCCUUUUAUAGGUACAAGACUAAGACCGGCAAUGCUCUUCCUAUGUUUUAUAUCUAUGAUUCCUAUAUCACAAAGCCUGAAAAAUGGGCCAAUUUGUUAACCACCACAGGGUCUCAGAGCAUCCGCAAUUCUCCUUAUGAUGGACUGUUUAUUGCACUUCUAGUAGAAAGCAAACAUAGAUAUGAUAUUCUUCAAGGUGGUUUUGAUGGAAUUUACACAUAUUUUGCCACAAAUGGCUUUACUUAUGGCUCAUCAUAUGAGAAUUGGGUGAGGCUAAAAUUUUUUUGUGACCAGUUCAACCUACUGUUUAUCCCAAGUGUGGGCCCGGGAUAUAUAGAUACCAGCAUCCGCCCAUGGAACGCUCAAAACACUCGAAACCGAAUCAGCGGGAAGUACUAUGAAACUGCUCUGGGUGCUGCACUCCAUGCCCACCCCAGUGUGAUUUCUAUCACCUCUUUCAAUGAGUGGCAUGAAGGAACUCAGAUUGAAAAAGCUAUUCCCAAAAGAACCAGUAAUACAGUGUACCUGGAUUACCGGCCUCAUAAACCAAGUCUUUAUCUAGAACUAACUCGCAAGUGGUCUGAAAAAUACGGUAAGGAAAGAGCAACUUAUGCAUUAGAUCAGAAGCUGCCUGUUUCUUAAUGCAUUAAUAAUUAUAGAAAUCACCUAGUACCUUUUAA